AUGGAACAUUUUGGCCUCUCUCACAUACUGCUCGAGCCAGAUAAAUAUAAUCCCGAUACUUUGGACUUGUUGUCUGAUGAAGAAGCCCGAGAAUACUGGCUAAAUACCUGUGAAAAACUGACUGAAAAAUAUGUUAAUUUUGCGCUAUCCAACAACGAAGACCCUACGGUAGAAAUACGUGCUCUUAAAUUCAAAACUUGCUAUGUCGAAGCAUUAAAAGAGCUCAGAACUAACCCACUGGCUCACGGGCAGUUGACCAUACGAUUACUUCUUGACAUCAACGAAACAUGCCUUCGUUCUCAGGGUUUUUUUGAUUUAUGGAAACAACAGAAGAAAUAUGAAAAUGAAAGUGCAUUGGUCACUCUUGCACCACGCUUAGCAGAACUUGAUGCCCUACAUAGCACAAGAGACAGAUGGACCGAACUCUGCAGGGGAGUACUUGCUGGUAAUAUGUUUGAUUGGGGAGCUCAAGCUGUAACCAGUAUUCUUGACCAUGGAUUGUAUGAAGCUUUAGAAAAAAUACAAAAGAGGCCAUGGCUAUACGAUGGAUUAGAGAAAUGGCUUGACAAGUUAGAGAAAACUGUUCAUCAUUGUGCUGCAGUAUUUGUUGAUAAUAGUGGAGUUGACAUAGUCCUUGGUAUUUUGCCAUUUGUUAGAGCAUUAUUACUAAGAGGGACCUCAGUCAUAUUAUGUGCUAAUGAGUGGCCAGCAUUGAAUGAUGUCACUAAUGUUGAAUUAGAAGAAAUAGUGCAGCAAGCUUCACAUGUCUGUCCUGUUAUCUUAGCAGCACUCUCUACAGGAGAUUUAGUAGUAAGAUCAAGUGGACAAAGAGGGCCAUGUUUGGACCUUAGGACUAUUAGUGUAGGUUUGUGCGCGGAAAUGAAGGUUCGCGGCGUGGAUUUAAUCAUUUUAGAAGGCAUGGGUAGAGCUCUACACACAAAUCUCAAUGCUCGCCUUGCUGUAGAUUCAUUAAAGAUGGCAGUAGUCAAAAAUGCAUGGUUGGCUCAGAGACUUGGAGGGCCACUUUUUUCAGUGAUUUUCAUUUAUGAAGAGAAACAAGUAGAAAAUUAA